AUGGUUGCUGAAAAGUUAAGAGAUGUAAUAUUAAGACCAAGAAAAUUGACGGUAUUACGUAUGCCCAUAGUACAUAGAAGAAACUAUAUGAGUAAUGAUGAAAUACUAAAAUUUAAAAAUAGAAAUAAUGAAGAAAAAUAUAAUAAAAGAGAAUAUUCUGAAAAAAUAAAUAAUGAAAUAAAUAAUUUUAAAUACUCAUAUAUGAAUGAGGAUUUGGUGACACCCUUUGAUAUAUACAAAUGGUCAGAUAUUUUAAAUACUAAUAAUGAAAAGUUAAUAAGUGAUGCAAUAAAACACGAAAAGAAUGAACAAAUGAAAAGAAAAGAAGUCGACGAAGCUGAGGUAGAAGAACCCUUGAGCGCAUUGCUCAAUAUAAACAGAAUAUUGAAAAGAUAUGGAAUAAUAAUAAAUGAAAAUGAAAAUGAUAUUCUUGUUGGAAAUGAAAUAAAAGCAUAUUUUCAUAAUUUUUUAAACAUAUUAGAAACAAACUUUGAAAAUAAUGAUUUAAUAAAAAAUGUAAUAAAAGAAGUAAAAAAAAAUGAGUCUCAUAUAUUUUAUUAUAUAUAUAAAAACUUUAUGAUUAUACAUGGAUUGCCAUUAAAAUGUUUUUGGAAAUAUGAUAAUAUUGAAAAUCAGUACAAUAUUAGUAAUAAACAUAACCAAUUUAAUGAAAAUGGUGAAACAUUUGAAAAUGAAUAUUUGUUUCAAAAUGUAGACAUUAAUAAAAUUGAUUCACUACUAAACGAAGAUAGGUUGGAUAAUAUAAUGAAAAAAAAUAUGGAUUCUAAUACCCAAGAUUUCAAACAUGAUCAAACAUUAAAAAAUAAUAGCAUAAGAAAUACAGAUAGCGUUGACCAUCAUUUUCAAAAUUCUUCUGGCACAUUUUCUACCAAAUACAAAUUUAGCUAUCCAUUCUUCACUAAUAUAACUAGCAUAGAACCGGAGAAUACAAACUCAACAAAUGAUAAUAUAUAUGAACCUAAUAAUGGUAGUAAUUAUAAUAUAAAACGGAGUAACAAUCAAAAAUUAACACAAACUUAUGAAUAUAAUGUUGCAAAUAAUUUUGGAUUUUACAGAGAUAGGAAACACCUAAGUACUAUCUCUUCACACAAUAAUAUAAAUUAUGAAACUCCCGCCACCAAAAAAGAUAAUUAUGUGAAUCCAAAUGAUAGAAAAAAAUAUAUCAAGAAAAAUGAUGCAAAUGAAAAAGAGGAUGCACGUCCUUCUACUCCAAUUGAUGGCAAAGUAAAUGAAAAAAGUUGUGAUACAUACCUGUUUGACAAAAAAAUCCCAAAUGGAGCUUAUGAAGAAUUAAAUGAAAAUAAUGAAGAAACAGUUGACAACCCCAAAGGGCAUUUCAUGGUUGAUGAAACAAAUUUCAAUUACAAUAUUAGCAUUCUGAAUAACAAAAUAAAAAAUAAUGAAAAAAAUGAGAUAACAUAUUUUCGAGUAAGUGAGGUCCCAGUUUCACCUUUAAGUAGAGCUAAAGUAUUUGGCAAAGUAUUUUUUGAUAUUGCGAAAAAUACUAGCAUUGAAUAUAUAAAAAAAAAAAUUAUUUCAAAUGAAAUAAAUAAUAACCAAAGAGAUUUGGUUAUUAACGAAAAGAACGCUGAAAUAUUGGCUAAUGGAUUGAGUAAAAUGAGGGGAGUAGUUUUAAAAUUAGGACAAAUGAUAAGUUUGCAAGAUGAAUGCUUAUCCCCAAUAUUAAUAAAAGCAUUAAAAAUGGUUAGCAAUUCAGCUGAUAUAAUGCCAAAAGAUCAAUUAAUAAAAGUUUUAAAAAGUGAAUUAGGUGAAAAUUAUGAAAGUAAAUUUGAUUAUUUUGAUUAUAAGCCAUUUUCAAGUGCAUCCAUAGGACAAGUACAUGAAGGUGUCAUAAAUAAUAAAAAGGUUGCGAUUAAAAUUCAAUACCCAGGUGUAUAUGAAUCCAUAGAUAGUGAUAUAAAAAAUUUGCUAUUUAUAAACCAAUAUACUAAUUUAAUAUUAAAAAAUUUAUAUAUUGAAAAUAUUUGUAAAGAAAUAAGAAAAGAAUUAAUAUGCGAAUGUGAUUAUAUUAAUGAAGCAAAAUAUUAUGUACUUUUUAAAAAUGUUUUUCAAAAAAGCAAAUAUUUUUAUGUGCCAAAUGUUUAUUCUGAAUAUGUAACAAAAAGAGUUUUAGUAACAUCUUACGUUGAAGGUAUAUCAUUAGAAAAAGUAGCAGAAAGCUACCCACAGCCUAUUAGAGACUCCAUAGGUCAAAGAAUAUUAUAUCUUUGUUUACACGAAUUGUUUGUUUUAAAAAUUAUGAAUACAGAUCCUAACUUAGGCAAUUUUAUAUAUAAUCCAGAAGAGGAUAAAUUAUGUCUAAUUGAUUUUGGAGCUACAAGAUCAUAUAAAAAUGAAUUUGUUGAUCAAUAUUUAAGACUUGUAAAAUCAUCCGUCGAAGAAAAUGAAGACAAAAUUUAUCAUUAUUCAUAUAUGCUUAACUUUUUUAUUGGCCAAGAAAAUGAAGAUAUGAAAUCAUCUCAUAUUAAAUCAGUCAUAUUAGUUGGAGAGCCAUUUAAAUCUAAAGUAUAUGAUUUUGGUAAUAAUGAUUUAGCUAAAAAUAUAUAUACAUUAUUACCCAGAAUUAUAUAUAAUAGAUUAGUCCCCCCACGGUCAGAAAUCUAUACGCUUCACAGAAAAUUAUCAGGUUCCUAUUUGAUAUGUAUGAAGCUAAAGGCCAGGGUUAAUGCCGCCGAUAUUUUUAAUUCUAUCUACAACAAUUAUGUUUUUUCAGUUAAGGACACAUACUCAAAAAAAUCAUAA